AUGUAUUUGCUUAGUUUUUCGUCUUCCAUGUUACACCUGACAUUGAUUAUCACUGCUACAGUAUGCUGUUGGAUGAUGUGGGCCAUCGUGUACCUUGCGCAGUUGAACCCGCUCAUUGUACCAGUCUUGAGUGAAGGAGAAUGAGAUGCUCAUAGAAAGCCAGCAGUCGUUUAUUAUUCAUGGAAGAUUAAUGAGAGGAAGUAUUUUGAGGCAUGUAGUAGUUGAAGAUACUGUUGUAUCAAAAUUUCUAUGUACUUGUAGUUGGUGGAAACUAUAAUAAAAUCUUUUGUAGAUUCAUACAGUAACUAUGCUCUAGUUCAAAAUCCUUUUAGACCUUUCUCUGAAUUUUGGUGUAAUGGCAAAAAUAAUAGAUGGAUGAUGUAACUGGUAGCUCUUACUAUCUGCUUUUGGAAUAAAAUCAUUAUGCAUCUUGUUUUCA